GUAUGGACAACACGUUGUCGGGAAAUGGAAUUAAAGACAACUAUAUAUCCGAUAUCACCCACGUGAAAUGUUACGUUAAUCACAUUUAUUUAAACUUACAAUCUGGGAAAAUGUGAAAGUUUUAUUUAAUUAUUAGAUUUCGUUCCGAGAAUAUUGUCGAGAAUUUAAACGCGUAAUUUCUUAUAUAUCUCAGUUGAUAAAUCAUUAUUUUCAUUCAAACUUGGAAAAAUGAUGGCUCAACAUCGCCAUGAGGAAAACAAUUGCUAUGUUUAUUUUUUAACAAUAAGUAAUUAAUUUAGCACAAUAUAAAUGGUGAAGAUAUAAUAAACAUGCGAUCUAUAUAAAAUGAACAAACUUGUGUAUUCCAUAUGGAUAUUGUUGACAAUUGCUAUAACAAUUUUAACAAUAUUUUGUAUAUUUAACCCUGCAUGGUAUAUACACAAUAACCAUAUACAUUCAUUUGGAUUGACAGUAUUCUGUGAGGGAUUAUCAACCGAGGAUCAACAAAUUCAAAGUCGGUGCCAAACAUACGGCGGAACAUUUGGUCUAGCAAACAUACCAUCUGGAGCGUGGCAAGCUUCGUUUCUGUUAAUUUCUACAGGAGCAUUUUCUUUUGGAGUCACUGUGAUAUUGGGAAUAUUGAUAAAUUGUAUCAGAGAGAGAUACGUCUACAGCAUUAGUUCACUUGUGUUAUAUCUACAAACAUCGGCAGUUUUGUUGAUGAUCUCGGCAUUAGUUACAUUUCCGGUUGGACUCAGCUCGCACUACUUCCGGUAUUAUUGUGGAGAUUCUGCAUCGGUGUUUUAUUCAGCUAACUGUUCCAUGGGAUGGAGUUAUAUGCUGGCAAUCAUGUCUGUAUCACUGUCAAUUUUCUGUCCAGUUCUUUGGUGCUUUAAGGAAAUGAAAUGGAAUGAGUUCCAAUUUAAGGAAUAUGUAUAGUAAUAUCAUUUUCUUCUAUGAGAAAGACUAAGUCCAGGGGAAAAGUAAAUCAAUUUAGGGUAUAAAAAAAAAAACAUUCUCAGAGUGUGUAUGAAAUAAUUCAAUGACAUAACGUUAAGUAGCUACUUACAUCUAAUUUUAACCCUAUCAAUGUUUUGAAAAUAAUAAUUCAGACGACUUUUUUCAGAUCUGCGGCUACUUUCAAAGUUUAAAUAAUUCUAUGUUGAUGAUAGUAACGUUUAAAACUGUAUUCUAUGUAUCUUGCAAUUACAAGCCCAUAAUAAAUCUUGAAAUAAUCGAAUGUUUGAAGACCAAUUUCAUAUGCGUUAGUGUUAGCAGAAUAUUUUUAUCCUUACUAUAGACAGUUAUUCUAGACUUAAUUCGAAAUGAAUAAAGCCGUUUCCUGUUAGGUAUUUACAGUAAAUACGUAUUUAACAAUCCAACAAAGGAAAAAAAAACCAAUUAUCAACAAAAAACAGUCAUUUGGCAUUAUCCAUACAAUACACUCAAAUUUGAACGAAAUAUCGUUGACACAGAUAAUUUCCUUUCAUAGAAAAAUAUUGUUUUCUAAAAAAAUAAUUAAUUGACCAGUUGCUCUUUGGUCAAUUCAUUCACUCCAUUAGCUUAUUAUUUGUUACUGAACAUUUUUUACACAAGGCCUAAAUGACCAUUUUUUCCUACUUAGUCAGGAAUUAUUUAAACACGUUUUCAUUUCAUUUUCCACAUGGAUAAACACACAUUGCAAAUGGAAAAAAU